CUACUCCGAUCAUUCAGUUGUUAGUUGAUCUUGUGCUAGACUGGUUGAAUUUCGAGUCAGUGAGGUUUUUUGUUUUUGCCUGCUCCGAUGUUUUCUGGAUUUUUAUCAACGGUUUCAAUCUCGGCGGUGGUGACACUGUGGUUUUUGCUGGAACUUUCCUUCGCCCGUGGACAAGCCCAGUAUCGAUUGAAACAACUUCGACCGGGUCGACCGUUGAAGCAAUUGUUGCUAAAGGCUGGCCCCGAGUGUCCCUUCCCGUACUUUCCGAAUGGUGUGGCCAAACCUAGACAGCGGAACAAGAUGGUUCGGUUUACAUGCGCCAGUGGGUUCACCUUGGUUGGAAAUAUGUACUCGAUGUGUGAGAAAGGCCGCUGGGACACACCGAUUCCGAUAUGCAUAAGAGCUGGAUGUCCGGAAGUGGCGACGGUGGAGAACGGUCAGAUCUCGUACGAACACGGACAAGCCGCUGGGAUGCUGUUCUGUGCUAGCGGUUAUCAAGUAGCUGGAUCGGCAAAAACAUACUGCAACGGUACACACUGGGAUCGUCCGCUGGGAAGCUGCCGACAGACGGGAAUAGCCGUUCAGACCACCUGUGAUUUCGAAGUCGGCGAUUACUGCGGAUGGGUGAACGAGGCAACUCAUGAUUUUGACUGGAAGAGAAGCGAAGGCGUCGUGUCGCAGAAGGCUCUGAAAACUGGUCCAAAAUACGAUCACACCACCAUGACUCCGUUGGCUGGUCAUUUCAUGAUGGUAGAUUCCGCAGAACAGUUCACGAACGAAACUGCUCGCAUGCUCUCUCCAAUAUACGCUGCGAACUACAGUGUCAAUGCCUGCUUCCUCUUUUACUAUCACAUGUUUGGUGACGCGGUAGGAACUUUGUCGGUGUAUGUGAAGCCGAUAUCGCAGCAGCUGGACAGUUUAGUUCCCGACGAUGCUUUCUUUAGUAUAAAUGGGAAUCAGCGAAAUAUUUGGAACGAGGGUUACUUUGAUCUUCGCCAACAAUCGGAAAGUUUUCAAAUAAUAAUCGAAGCAUCUCUGGGGAUGAAGUACAAAAGCGAUAUCGCUAUCGAUGAUGUUAGUUUGUUGAACGGUGAAGACUGUCGUCCAACUAAGGUAGAAGGUGAUGAUGUUGAGCUGGAACCUACUCCACUUCCAGAUGACGUACCGCCAGAGGUUGUUACUGAAGAUAAAGACAUUUUCGAAAUCGAAUCCUGCGAAAACCGUUGCGGGAAGAAUAUCUCUAGCGUAAUGAAAACCCGCAAUCAAAACGCCGUGAGUUGUGAUUGCUACGAAGAAUGUGUAGAUCUGAGAACUUGCUGUCCUGACUAUGCAGAGCGUUGCGUGUUCAACGAUACCCUUGUUCUGAAUCCCAUUCCGCAAAGCACAGUUCCCACCACUACGCAAACAACUAGCUCUUCAACUUCGUCAACAACGUCGACAACGUCGACAACUUCAAAACCAACAACUCGUUCAACAUCAACUACACCUACUUCAACUGCGUCCACUUCAACCACCCCUACCUCAACCCCAGCUACUUCCACAACAACCACGGCUAGAACAACUAGAAAGUCUACGAGUAAAGCUACGACCACUUCAGUAACAUCACCACCAAAAACUUCCAGCACUACGAAAACCUACAAUCUCAGGCCACGUAACGGAACCACAAAGCCAGUCUUCGUACCGAUGGUUCGAACGCGGAAACCGACGACGCCUACUACAACCACCGAGUCUACUACGACCGCACAGACGACAGAAACCGUAAUGCUGAAGUUGGUCGCCCGCUCCAGGGAAUCCGCCGAGGACGCUUCGCCCCGAUCGGUGGUGGAAUGGGAUGAUACGAAACCGAAUUUGGCUCGAGUGUUCCUGUUCGCGGGAAUAGGUGUUAUUGCCUUUGGCAGUGUGGUACUACUGAUAACGAUGCACGUACGGCGUAAUUCCGGUGCAAGUGUGCUUAACCGGUUGAAGCAGAAGUCGAUGAAGAAGAAUUUGGGCAGUGCUGAAGGAUUCGAGGAUGUGCGAUUUUUAGCAGCGGACGAGCAUCUGGAUUUCAGUAUUCCGGACGACGCGGAGGAGGCAGCUGAAAGCAGCGAGAGCGAAGGGGAGAACAAGCCGUCAGUGAAGACAUGUGCAAUGAAAACAAACAGAAAGGGAAAGCAGUAGUUAUCGCGGUUUUUAAGCUGUAAUGUUAGUGGUUGUAGUAUAAGUUCAAUAAAAGAUGAAAACGAGAGCGCUUGAUGUGUUCAUUUGAGAUGGAAAAUAUAAAGUUGAG